AUGUUAUGUGAAAUAAGUUUUUAUUUUGGUAAUAAUUUUUUCUAUACAUGGUUUAUAUUAAGUUUAAUAACAUUUAUUGUUUUAAUGAUAAUUUCUUCAUUAAUAUUUUAUUGUUAUUAUGUUAAAAUAACUUAUUCGAAAUGGUUAAAAAAAACAAAUCCAAAAUAUCCAUCUGUAGAAAAUGUUCGAAAUGAAAUUUUAUUAAUGUUAAAAGGAAUUUUGUCAGGUACAUUUUGUCCAUCAAUGACAAUUUAUCUAAUGUCAAAAAAUCAAUUAAAAGGAUAUUGUGGUAUUGAUGAAUAUGGUUGGAGUUAUUUGUUAAUUAGUUUUUUUGUAAGUUGGUUUUUAGUUGAUUUUUUUGAAUUUUUCUAUCAUCGAAUUGGUCAUACAACAAAUCUAUUUUGGAAUAUCCAUAAAUCUCAUCAUCAAUUUUAUAAUCCAUCUCCAUUUUCUGUUAUUGCUGAAGAUUAUAUUGAUCAAAUUAUUGGAUCAUCACCAUUAUUAUUAAUUCCAAUAUUUGUACCAAUUAAUAUUGAUUUACUUUUUUUUCAAUUUGCAAUAUUUUUUUAUGGUUAUGGUGUUUAUCUUCAUUGGGGUCAUGAAUUAUCUUAUCCUGAUGCUCAUCAUUCAAUAUUAAAUACAUCAUUUCAACAUUAUUUACAUCAUGCAAUAUCAACAAAAAAUCGUCCUUAUCAUACGGGAUUCUUUUUUAAAAUUUGGGAUCAAUUAUUUGAAAGUAUUUAUCCAAUUGAGAAAUGUUUUUGUGUUAAAUGUCAAUAUAAACAAGGAAAAAGAACAUUAGAACAUUUUCAAAACAUUGAAAAACCAGAUUAUUCACUUUUAUUAAAUUAUAAAUAUUGGUUUCAAUAA